GUGCUGAAACAUUUGGGGGCUGACAGCUAAAGUGAGUUGCAUGAGAGCAUACGAAGAACAGAGCCGGAUAAAGUGGAGCAGUUCGUUUAGUUAAGAGGACAAAAAAAAUAAACAGGAAGAAUCUGGACAGUCUCUUCUUUCUGAUCCUCCCUCCCUCCCUCCUCUGUUACAUAACAGGAGGGUCGUUUGCUCGCCUGCACUCUUUCACAGGAGUGGUCAUCUUCUCCUCUCUGGCUUCGGUCUUUUACUGCAUGCUAUAAUGAGUCUGAGGACCAUCGUUGUUCUGGCUGUGUUAACUGGGGUAACUGGGAGCCCCAGUGUGACGAUCCGACCUGAGGCUGACCCGGCGGCCUUGUCGGCUCAUCCCAACAGCGUCCCAGAGACGGUGGAGCAAACGAAGGUCUUUGGACAGCAAGAAGUGUUGGUAGAAGAGGAAGUUGAGGAGGAUGUGAUGGCGACUGGAGAGCUGAACCCCAGUCACUACCCUGCUCAGAGGGCGGCCAAAGUGGUUCAACACUACCUCAACAACCGCUACGGCUCUCCAUACCGGCUGUUCGGACUGCAGAGUGUCCACAGCGGCAACGCAGAGAAUGUGACAGACUCUGAAAGAAAGUAUCAGCUGGAGAUCUCAGUGCAGGAGAUAAUCAGCAACACUUCGGAGAAAUGCUCCGCAGAGGUUCUCUUUGCGAGUGCAGGACGGCAGGGCUCAGCCCGGGUCCAGGUCUCUUGCGAGGAGCUCUUGAAAAUCAACACGUCAGCUCAAGAAGAAGCUUUUUACCAACAGUAUAAGAUGAACCAAAGCCUGCUGUCAGCAGAAACUCUACCUGACAGUUACGGUCACAUUGAACCCGACAUGAGGCCUCUCUGGCAUCUGGGCACUGUGGCCUCCAGCUUCAUCAUGCUGAACGAAUCGACUGAAAACACUCUGUACAACAUGGCUCAGGUGGCCAACAUCACACAGCUGCCGACUGAGAACGACCAGCUGAAGUUUGAUUGUCACAUACUGCUGCAUGAAAUGGUGUCCCAGGAAAUCAUUCACUGGAAACUGCAGUUCACUUGGACUCCUGCAGGGGGAGUUAAAGUGCUGCAGAUGGAACAGCUGCCACACUGCCAAGAUUGUGAAAAACCACCAAACACAAAGUAAACUGCUCACACUCAUCACGGCCAAAAGAACUUCCUGAUGCUCACAUCUUGUAUUCUUGUAUUUCGGAGCAUAAAAAUGUAUAUGAUGAUGCUUCAAGUACUAAACCAAGAUUUGCUGCUGAUGGUUGCAGCACAAACCUCGUACAAAAGAAACCAUCAAAAGUUUAAUAGAAUGCAUCAUAUCUUGGGAUGAUUUCAGUACACUGUGCUACUUUUGUAGUGGUUUUGGUUACUGUUGUAUUUUAGCAGAAAUAAAGUGUCUGUAUUGCCUCA